CUUUACAUCAUGAACAGACCCAUUGCUGGAUUCAUCGUGAAGUUGGCAGCAGUGGCGAACGAGAUGUCAACAUAACCUAGCAGAACCGAAUUGAUCCAACACUGGGUCAAGCUUGUUGCACUUCGAUUUAUCGAGAAGAUGAAUACAAUUAUUUAUUGAAGUUCUGCAAGAGAUUUCCUUUGUAACCCUGAGGUGGCGUUGGAAGACGCGUACAGCUCCGAUUCUAACGGAGCAGCUUUAAAGAAAGGUCUAACGUUGACUUUGAGCGAGGGGCGUCACGACGCUCGAACAUGAAUACGUCCGCCAAGUUUACUCUACGCGGCGGUGACGCGGCGUUCGCCGACAGGCAGCGAUUUCUGUUCGAUCAGCUCGCGAUCGCGGAAAGCAAGUGCAACAAGCAUGACGAGUCUGAGAAGGGCGAGGCAGCGGCGGACGAGCGCGGGAAGAGGUCAGCCCCGGCCGACGAUCGCAGGCAGAAGAGAGAGACGAAGAGAUUUCGAGGCAGGGAAAGUAUCUUCAAGCGUCCCGAGGGCCCGGCGCCGCGCGCGAGCUUCCGGAAUAUUCCGGAUUACCACAGGAAUCCGCACAAGUGGGUCCGGUAUAGCCUGGACGACGUGUCCAGCGAAGACAUGACGGAGCGCAGCAACACGCAGGCCGCUAUGUCGUUCCUGAGGGAAUUGAAGGCGCGCAGGAGAGAAGAGGAAGCCGAGGAGCGCAGGGAGGAGAUGGACGUUGAUCCCUGCGAGGCCGAGGAUUCUACGGGGACGCGCUUCAAGUUUAAGAAGCGUACGUCCCAGAUCGCGUUUAAAAAGCCACCGAGAGAGGCGGCGAGUGACGCGGCGAGUGACGCAGUCGAGGAGCUGGACGAGAAACCUGUAUUUAGAAGCAGUAAGAUCAUCCUGCCGGAAUACGUCAUCGGGCAGAAGCCAAAGGGGACACGCAAACAGAAUCGACCGGCGGUUAAGGUCGACCGCUCGAAAGAACUAAGGCUAGACCAUUUGCAAGAACCCGACGAAGAGGACGAUGACUGAGCCGAGUGUACAGUGUAUAUAACAUUAUUGUUGCACAAUUACUCAAUGAGUCUGACUGUGGGUAUUUCCGCGAUAGGAAAUUCACGAGGGUUCAUAAAUUUUGGUGUAUAAACACUUGUUAAACCCUUUCAUGACCGAAUUAUUAUUUUUUUUAAUGGGACACUAGCACUCCGAGGAAUCAAAGAGGCGAAAAAAAGUACUUCUGGUCGUGAAAAGGUUGUAUAUUAAUCUCAUAGUUAUACGGUAUCUACUGCAAAUAAGAUUGCGCGUUACCCUGGUAGUGCGGUGCAUUGACUGAACAUUGGCCCAGUAUUGGAAAUGCAUUAGGCAACUUUUCCAAAUGUAAAGCCAAUAUUGGCCGUGGAAUAAUGUAACUGUCAUGAUGCAAUAUUGCAUAAUAAUAAUUAUAUAAUAUUAAAUUUAUACUGGAAGUGCAUUGGCCAGUACUGAGCAAUGUAACACGAAUAUGCAAAUCGAAAGUACAUUUGCUAAAUAAGAGGAGACGUCCGUCUUACGCUUCGUCAAUGUUGAAAAUAUUAAAUUUAUAUAUUUCCCAAUGUAUUGCGCUACUAGGGUACAUAUUACAAGAGCAAAGUUCUCUCAAUACUGUGAGACACGUACGUGUAUGUAAUUACAAUAAUUAAGCGUAGAGUUAAAUAUAAAGACAUCCGAGUGUGCGAUUAUUUUAUCUGCAUUCUGUGUAAUAUAGAAAAAAAGACGAAUAUACAAAUAUAUCUCUUAUUACAAUGCGAAA